AUGGCUCCGAAUGUGUUUCACAUUGGGGUCACAGAACAAGUCUCCAUUGCGGUAUUUGAUGCUGGGAACCCUGUGAAUGUAAAGCUGUAUCUACAGGACUACCCACACAGGCGAAAGACAUUUUCCCAAGUACAGGGACGUGUAGGUCAAGGUAAUAAAUACUAAUAAGUUGUAUAUCAUGUUUGAGCUGUAAUCUAAUAAGCAAGAGGAGUGAUUUAGGGACUUUAAGAUGCCACGACGGCGACGACUACUAGAACGUCAAAAAAGCAAUUGGCCUGGGUGAAUAAGCAAAACAUCAACCCUGAACGGACCCUGAACGUGCAUCACGCUUCUUUGUACAUUUCUUAACCGUCACUGCGCGACUACGAUGGGAAAAUGCCUAAUUUUGAUCACGUUUUAUGGACGACGUAAACAAGCCACGGCUAAAUGUUCUUUCUCUUUCUGAACUUGAAUGUGGCUCUUAGGAAUUCGGCUAAAAAAGAGUUCGCAUGCAUUUGACAAAGUAAACGAGUUCGAGAAAUCACGAUAGAGAUUUAAAGAACGCAAAUUCACUUUUUAAGCGACUUUUUCGUGGCCGUCGCCGUCGCCGUCGCCGUCGCCGUCGCCGUCGUUGUAUCGUAAAUUCCCUAUUAAUUAAUUGGAAAACAGUCGCGGCCAGCGAAGUAUCGUUACCUUAAAGGGGGCUGAGUUACGAAGGUUUAUCAAAUUUACAUCAGUAGGUUAUGUAUUGGUGACACAGGAAAAUGCAAAUUUUUUUUCCAAGUCUACUAUAUUCUUGAUCGAAUCAAAAUGUUUUAAAAAAUUAGGUUUUUUGGUAGGGAGGAAAAAAAGUGGUUACCCAGGAAAAUAGUAUUUAGGAGAAGGUCCGAGAACAGGCGACAACAAAUUCAACUCAGUCAAGUAUGAAAGAAUGAAACAAGAAUUGAACCAAAUCUAGCUAGAAGUGAGGCCAGAUUUCUAACGCUUCCCUAAGAUGAUAAAGAUAAAGACAUACCUAAACUAUUGUGUGAUUAUUUUUGUAUAUCUGAGCUUCAGAGGUCCAAAACUGGGCUGCAAUGUACUGGGGCAAUCUAAAAUUUAGGUCACGAUACCAUAAUUGUAUCUUAUUUUUCCUUAUUAAAUCUAGUGCUUAAAGGACUUAUUUUGUUCUUUGUUUUUGUUUUGGGGUUUGUUUUUGUUUCUUAGGGAGCAACCUCUUUCUUCCAGUGAAGGUAAAUACUGAGGCACCGUCAUGAUCAUUAGCUAUUAUUUGAACUUUACCAAGAUGAUGGUUGAGGCAGAAUCAAUUAACGGUUAAUGAACGAGGCUGAGCAUCUUAUGAAGAAUUAUGGAGAUCGAGGCCGAGACCCUCCGAGAUCUCCAUAACUCUUCAUAUGGUACGAAACCCGAAUUCAAUAAUUGUUUUAUUAUUCAUUCAAAAUAAUUCCUAGUUUAAAAACAUAGCUGAAACAAGCUUACCUGCAUCGAUGUUAAGUUUAUCUUCGAUAGUUUACGUUUAGGUUUGUCCAGCUCCGCAAAUAUUCUCCAAAUAGCAGAUGUCGCCCUCCGAGUUGUCUUCUUGCUGUUUUUGCUAUGUUUUUAGCCAUUAUUCCGCCGAGUUCCAGCUGUAGUUCUCACUCUUGAAACGAGUGAAGUGUCCGCAAUUUUAGUUUUUACAACGAAAACAAGUCAAUCUCGUCCCCAAGUCUUCUUGUUAACGGUGCAUUAACCUGUAGAAGGCUGCAUUUUUGACGUCAUUUCCUCAUUAGACACAAAAUUCUUCCAAAUUUGGUCAUCUUAACUGGUGAUGGUGAAUUAUGCGUGUGCUUUUAGCCAAUCCGAAUUGGGGAAAUGUUUUGAAUGAAUAAUAAUGUGAUUUACUUUCCCCCUGUCCUAGUGACUACUUACAAAAGCACGCUGAAACUUAAAGUAACCAGAAAACAACGGAUCAUUAAGAAUUGAUCCUGCUUUUUGAGCACUCUCGAGAUAUCACUGUACAAGUAAAAAUGAAUUAAAUAAUUUAAAUAAGUUUACAUACAAAAUCUUUUAUUUCAGUGGCCUCGGCCUCGGAGCCUUUGGCUUGUAAGCUAAUACGCAAAGACACUAUCCCCAUUUCAUCUUUCCAAGAGCCGUGAAAGACAAAACGGAUAUUUUCUGUACAUUUUGUAAUUUCUGAAUUUUUAGUGUCAUCCGAACAUAUUAGUGUAACCAGAAUAAAUGUUCAAAUUUACUGUAUGGCUGAAUCCGCGAACGGGCAAGAUGAAGCGAAUCCUGCUUUCUGAUUGGCUACCUGAGCAAGAUGGGCCCAUCUUGCCCUCUCAGAAAUUCCCGCAUUGGUCUUGCAAUAAAAAGUUCUCUUUUUUGGCUAUAUAAUAAAUCUUUUAUCAACCAUUCGCAAGCUUGUUAGGCCAAGAUGGCUGGAUAUUAACCUCAUUCUUUUUUGCGUUUUUAUAGACCUCGACUUUGUCUCUGCCCAUAAAAACGCCGCAAAAAAAGAACAUGUCCAAUAUCCAGCCAUCUUGACCUCACGCUUGAUCAAUAACGCAUAUUUAUUAUACACUCAUACUCAUUAGUGGUCUUCUCAUUGGCUAAGAGCCUACAGCUAUGCAAAAAAAAAAAUUGAAAUCAGCGCAACCUACGGAUUAGUUAGUUAUCUGCUAGCACAUACUGACUAAUCUGUAGAUUGCGUGCGCAAUGCAUGAUUUCCAAUAGCAAUCAGUUCAGGUUCUCUGCGACUGUGUGUUUGUCGUUAUUUUCUUCAAAACGAUGUAUAAUAAAACUAUUAUUAGAUUCGUUUUUUGUGAUAUCCUGAAUAAUCAAGGUCCCCGGCUCGGCUGAUAACACUUACCGAGACCUUGAUUAUUCCGGAUAUCACAAAAACCUCAUCCAAAAGUAAUUGUUUAAUAUCAGACAGACUAUUGAUAUUAUAUGUCAUAUUUUUCCAGGUUGAACCACAGGAUCUGCCAGACAUCAACACAGUGAACAAACAAUACGUUUAUCUAGUGGCCAAGUCAGAUGAUGGCCAUUUCCAGUUUCACAAGGAAGCCAGGAUCCUUCUUAGCUACAGAGACAGGAUGGUGUUUAUGGAAACGGACAAGCCAAUCUACACUCCCCGACAAACAGGUAAGAAAUUCAGACUUACGUUCGGUAAAAGUUACCAGAAUUCACCAGCAUAGAAACAAGCAUAAUCAUAUAUAGCUAUCACGCAAGUUGAUGAAACCGACGAUUCAAACAAGAAUAUAUAUAAUCAGCAAAGACUUAAAAAGAAGAGGGAAAGUAGAAAAAAAUGAAAAACGACAAAAAUGAAAGAACAAGAAGGACAAAACUGGAAAAAUAGACAAGAACUAAAAAAAGUAUAAGAUCCGGAAUACUUUUGAUAGCAGUUAAGACAAAGUCCGAUUAGUGGUUACGAAAGUGUGAAACGUGGAGAAGUGGAAAAGAGGAAAAGUGGAAAGGAAUGGUUAUGAAAGUGGAGGAAUGGUUAUGAAACCCGCUAGACUUCCUUGUUGUAAGUUUUUGUUAGCUCUUGGACCUGACCGUGCACAACGUUCAAAAGCAUUCCUAUCAUUUUGAAGUUACUGACAAAUAGAAACAUCGCAUUGAUUUAUUCAGUCACAAUUUGUUAACGAAAAACAAAGGUCAGGAAUGUGCACGGUCAGGGAGCUUCCAACAUAAACUUAAUAGCACCUUUGUAUAAACCUUGAUGUUUGCCGGCUUUCAUAAACUAGCCUCUUCUGCUGACUAUACCUGGAUUGGUCUUUUCUUCUUUUCUUUGCAGUGAAUAUCCGAGUAUUUCCGCUGGAUUUUGAUAUGAGACCUUCUACCAAAAAAGUGAGUCGAAUUUGCUGUUACUUCACGACCCUUUAUUUUUACUCUGACAAACUCGAGUUCUAACUAUUUUUUUGUUUGUUUGUUUGUUUUUUUCAAAACAGAUAACCGUUAUGGUUCUGGUAAGUCUCUUUUUGAUCUUGCUUAUAGGAGGUGAGACUGAUCCCAGUCAGCAGGAAUAGACGCCUUACCAUGUUGGCUGGUCUCUUUUUUGCCUAAUAUAAUUUUCAAUGUGUUUAUAAGAGAAGGUGGCCUGGCCUACUUUCCGAGAUUUCGGUAGCUCACCAGAUAUUCAUGUAAUCAUCAAAACGAUAAGAUUUUUGGAAGUUUCUAAUGUUUCCCUUUUGACAUAAUACCGUAAACUGCUGCUUUAAGUCCCCCCACCCCUUUCCCAGUUAUAGGCGCAUCUACUUGUAACCAAAAAAGGCACACAUACUAUUAUAAGCCUGCCGGAUACAAACGUCCCCCACCCCCCCCUCUCCCACCCCUCCAAAUGUAUCAAAAUAAAUUCGAUUAGUCCUUCGAUUUAUUAUGACGUUUUUUAAAACGUUAAAACGCUUUAUAGAAAACCAGUAAAUACGAAAGUAUUUUGAUCAGCAUUACUAGAUCUUGUUUCGAAGCGCCCUGCCUUUUCCGGUUAUAAACGCCCUCGGAUGUUAGCCCCACCGUUUAUAGACCAUCCUAAAACCCCUUACGAAGAUGUAUAAGCCCAGGGCUUAUAAUCAGUAGUUUACGGCAUGUGGUUAAGACGUCUUUACACUAUUAAAAUUCUGACAUGACCAAAAUUUUGGCCAAAAUUUUCUUCUUUGUACCGCCAUGCCACUCUAACUGCAGUAACUGCUACUUACUGAAAUGUUAGUGUUCAUUCAAAAUAUUUUUCCGUUUCUGAUUUACUCAAAUCAUACGGAUAAUUCAUCAUAACCGGCUUCGGAGGAAAUUUGCUAUAUUUGCAAAAUGACGUCAAUGCUAUACAGCAUAAUUACCAGAAAACUGGACGGUUAACCCAGAAGACCUGGUGACGAGGUUGAGUUGUUAUGGUAGGGAGUACAGAAUGGCGGAACAUUGCACUCGUUUCGCGAGGAAGAAAUAGGGAAACUACUGGCUAAAAACAUAGCCAGAACAGCAAGAAUACAACUCGAUGGACGUCAUCUAUUAUUUGGAGAAUAUUUGCAGAACUAAACAUCCCUUUAUCUCCUAAACUUGUCGAUAAACAGGCUUUAACAUGAACUUAACAUUGAUGGAGGUAAGCAUAUCUUGUUUAUAAACUAGGAAUUAUUUUGAAGGGUGUUAUCCGCCUCGACCUGAUAAAACCCUCCAAGAUUUCCAUAAUUCUUCAGAUGAUACUUAGCCUCAUCCAAUAAUUGUUAAACGUUUCAGUAUUCGUUUUCGUUACGUUUGUUUUUCUUUCCUUUCAGAAUCCACAGGGAAUUAGAGUACAGCAGUGGAAGGACCUGGACACUAGUACAGGUAUGUUUCAGUUCUUUUUAAGUUGACUUAAGCAUUAAUUUGAUUUCAUUAUAUAUCUGUUCCAUUUUUCCAUAAGGAAUCAUAACGAGGAGGCUGGAUCUGGAUGAUUUGGGUCUCAUGGGUACCUGGACUAUAACAGCCGUAUAUGGCCAUCAGGUAUUUGCAAUGUAUUUCUACCUUUGAGCACUUAAGGUGAUUCCCUAGUAAAAGAACCUAACAUAGAUUGUAGAUGAAACUUGGUACACUGAUGUAACAAGUCAAGAAGAUGAUAAAAAAGUAAUAAAAAGAGGGGGUCACCGUGCUCGUUUUGACGUCACAAUGCUGAGAAAUACGGCUAUUUUGGAUCCUUUGUCAAAAACCGCGCGCAACCCAAAACUAGACAAAAACGAGAGAUUUUUUCGAUGAUGCAUGUGGUAUGGCACAGAAUUUGACUUUAUUGUAUUGUUUAUCCACUUGCAUACCAGAAAAAUACCUUUUAAUGCUCCUGUUUUUAUUUUACGCUCCAAAGUAGAAUUGAAUUGGACACGCGCUAUUCGACCCGUGAUUAGCCUGCGUAGCAAGCGUUUCCUGGCGAGGUUCGUCUAGAAAACUGGGACAAGAGCAAAAAAAAAUGAAUGACGGGGGAGGGGGAGGGGAAUGAAGGAACCGCUUGCCCGCAAACCCCACGAUUUUGAAAAACUGCGUUCGCCCACGAACGCAGCUUCUCAUUGGCGCGGUGCGGGUAGUGUUGAUUACUUAUCAUUGGAAACAUCAAUCAAACCAGGUAUGCUUUGUUUUCGUGCGUCACAUAACUGGUCUCAUCUGAUUUGUGGUCGCAGAUUACAAAUGCUUUGGACUGAUAUUUAUUUGAAUCGUGUUUGUGCGAAGGUUUAUGAGAUCAGAGUCUUCAAAGUAUAAUUGGAGAUCGAGCAGUGGAGACUAGGGAAAGCCAAUUUAUUGAGAAUGACGUCGUGCAGAUCUGACUGGAAAAAAUGGACUGUUUGUUGGAGAUAACAUCAACAUAAAUCAGAACAUGGGUACUCGACACUAGCUAAAGCCGCCAUGGACAAGCGAUUUGUCAGCUUUUUGAAAUGAAAAGAUUCUUUUUGUUUAUUGGAAAUUUAUUGGCAUCUAUUGUAGAGAACGUUUCGACAAAGGCUGAAGAGCAGCCGCUCUGCAAAACUUAUACCCGGCGGAAUGAAUUGUUCCGGACAAAUCAUUUUUGACGUGUCGACAAGGUUUCAGACGAGAUAAAGCCACACAAUAAAAAACAAGAAAUUCUGCAGCAAUCGCUCACAGUUUUAACUUUCUUUUAUCGUAAAUCUUUUUUAUUACAGUUCUUGCAAUCGCCAGCAACGUCUUCUAUUAGAGAACAAAGUAAUUUUACAAAUCUGUUAAUCCAGGGGUAAUCUGUUCGUUAUGUUUCUAUUUUGACGAGCUGUCAAUUUACAAAUGAACCGAACCGUGAAAUAUCAAGGGGCGUUUUCCAGAAUCGUGGGGUUUGCGGGCAAGCGUUUCCUCUUCUCCCCUCCCCCUCCCCCUUCAACCUUUUUUUUUGCCUCCGCUCUAACUUUCGCGCAAUAACUCGGUUGGAAACGCUUGCUACGCAGGCUAACCCGUGAUUGCUCAAUCCGUACAAUUUAGUAAAAUUGCCAAAAAACUGAACAUAGAUUUGCGCCAAUUUUUUUCUCAUCGAAAGAAAGCACUGUACUUAUUAAAAUCAUGAAAUAAAAGAUGGGGGACCGGGUCACCGUACUCGUUUUUGCGGUAGAGCUGCAGAAAGUGCGCACCAAAUGCAUUUUCUCCGAGUUUUGACAGAGGACUGGGGCGAGUUUCAAAAUAGAAUGUAUGUGAAAGAGGGAAGAAAGUAUACAGAAUUUACAUCGAGAUAUCACAUUUAGGAUACAAUGUGAUAAAGAAAGCGUUUAAAUAAAAAUCAAAGUGAGUAAGCACAAGUCAAACAUCCACUAUCGAGGUUCUCCGUGAGGAAGUCGAACUCAGCAACACGCGUACUGCCUACGUUAUGCACAUUCCCAACACAUUAAGUCUCACCUCGGCUAGAAACAACCGCAAGCAAAAAUUCCAAUAGCGUUUCUCUUCAUUCAACUUCAUUUUAAUAAUGUUACUUCACAUGCUCUGUUUUACGGCGGCCAUCUUGUUAUGCGCAGUAAGAGAUGCGCAGUGCAAAACCAGGGAAUCACCUUAAUUACACAGGUAACAGACAGCUCUUUCUAAGACGGACUCUGUUGGGACCGGCACAGCGUGAUUGUCUUUACGGGAGAAAUCUGCCAAUAGAGCGUUUUCACAUGAUGUCAUGAUGGCCACCAUAUUUAGAGGGAGCCUAAGCAGCCAUGACGACGACGCCUAUUUCCCUUUCGUAAAUGGUAUUUGCCAUUUUUAACGGUCGAUGCCUCCAUUAGUAACCAGGCCUUAAAUCAUGAUAGAUGGAUUAAGUUACAAUAAGGCAAAUUGCUGGUUUCCAGUGUCACUCGGCAUUCGAAAUAGAUCAAAAUAAAAUCAAAACCGUUCGAUAGAUAAAGUCCAGAAUCUAAGAAAUAAAAGAAGGUACAUAUACAAAGACCCUCGCCGAGAUUCAGGUCAGAGAAAUGUUUCGUAUACCAGAUAUCCGAAGAAAUGUUUUACCCAAACUUAUAGAGAUUUGUAUGGAGACGCCAUGCUGGUGCUCACCUGGAUGAGCUCCAACAUGGCGGACGGAAACCAACAGAAACACCUGUUACCGAGUUUUGCUACAAAAGCGUGCAUUUUUUGUUCGAGAAACUCAUAAACAUUAAAGUAAUACUUUUUCUAAUACAUGAACUAUUUAGUUAGCAAAAAGUCCCUGAAAUAAGUCAUUUUUUUAACCUACAUGACAGCUCUCUUGGCUGUCAUGUAAAGGCCGCGUCACGCAAAAGAUUAGAAAUUCAAGCGUAUUCUAUCACAAAACCAAAAACUCUUUUGAAGCCAAAAUUUGUACGAAAAUUAGUUUUCAGCUGCUCUAAUGCAUCGUGAAUGUAAAAUCUAGGUAGGAUCAAUAGUUUUUUAGUUUGAAUUUUUGUCACGUCAUGUGAAAACCAACAAUAGUACGCUUUUGGAUACGGUUAGAAAGAACGACUUUGAAGCCCAAGAAAGCGCUAGGGUCACUUGUUAUAGACGUAACAGUUAAGAAAGACAGUUUGCAAGUGUACUUACUUAAAAUUUAAGAAUUUUGGAUUGUCGGUGUUGUAGAGAGAUUAGGGUACGAAAGGUCCCGGUUCGAGGUGAGGAUUUGACACUGGGUUGCGAUUUUCGUUCUUUACUAGGAACACUCUCAAUAACAGUUCAAAAAUUUUCCAAUUGCCUUAAAAAUGGCGGCGACCGUUCACGAAAGGGCCAACUGUGAUGACGACAGUAAAGAGAACUUCUGUUUCUAUUACGUCUAUUUCUUACAAUAUUAUGAUUUCUGUAUUGAAGGAUAUUCACAAUUCCUCUGUGCAGUUCGAAGUGAAGGAGUACGGUAAGAUAACUUUCUUCCAAUUUUGUUCAUUUUUAUUGCAGUUAUCUGUAAAUUUAAGCUGUUCAAAUUUCAUUUCUUUCAGUUCUUCCCAAGUUCUCGGUGAAAUUGAAUGUGCCACCUUACAUCCUCAAAACGGAUACCCAGAUAGGAAUAAACAUAACAGCAAGGUAGAAUUGGCGCGUCAUGAAAUACCAAUGUCUGAGUACAUGAUUCUGGUAGUUUUGUGUUUUUAGUUCUCUUGCUUAAUCUUGCAAAAUUCCGUUUAAUUUUCAUCUAAGUCAAGCAAAAUUGUAAUUUGUGAUGUUUUUCAUUGAAACAGAACUCGAUUGUUAGGGGCACCCAACGACCAAAUGUUUCCAAAUAUGCCUGAAGUGUCUGGUUGAUUUGGGGCUGCUCUAAAAACUGUUUAUCUGCUUGGAUGUCUUAGGAGAAUUUGAGUCGUCUCGAAGUUUGUACGUGGCUUUUUCGUAACCGUUAGCUAUCCUGAUGGGUCCGGUCGAAAGUUCGAGGUCAUCGAGUAGCCGUACUUUCAUUAGAAGAUUUUUAUCAGAACAUAACGGUGCUUGUAUCUCCCCACCAGUUUGCACUAACAGCCUGCUUUAUGGCAAAUGGGCUUUUUUCAUCUAUUGUUUUCUGAAUAUCUCAACCAACUGCAAUCUUGUAAUUUCACAAAAUUGUGAAGUCCACUCCUCUUCACUGUGAGCUACUAUUGUUUUCUUUGUUACUUUGUCGUUUUGAUGUGUCCAUACGUAUGUUUUCUAAAUCAUUCAAGCUUCAAUCAUCAUCCAUGAACUACAUAUCAUUUCUCUAACACCGGCUUGUUUUUUUAAAGGCACGUUUAUGGAAAGCCCGUUAUCGGCACUGCAGUUGUGUACUUGAGCAUGGUCGCACGCAAUGGAAAGAACGUGCCUUUCGCUAAACAUGCAAUCUUGGUAAGUCAAUAUUUUUAGGACGAGGUUUACCUUCAAGAAACCGACAAAUCAUGAAAAUCAGCUUCUCAAUGGUGGUCUUAUCAUUCAACAAGUUUGGUUGCUUUGUGUAGAAUUUUAUUUAUUCUUGUCGUAAAUGAAAUUGUCACGGGUUGUUCAAAGUGUUAAAAUUACACAAUUUACAAUGCAUUUUCGUUACUAAGCAGUGCUUGACUUAUUCUGAAAGUACUUGCAAAGCACACAAGAACUUCACGCGCUCAUUCAGAGAUGCAAGUAGUAUAGCAGGAACCGUUUAGGCGAUUUUUUAUGUGGUGCAACCCUAUUAACUUGCGGUGGAACAAUAUUAACGUCGAUAAGUUCACAGCCAUCCUUUACAAGCUUCACAUUUCUACUGUUAUUCCACCACCACCACCACCACAUUUCUUUUUUUUUUCUUGCACCACCACAACUUUCAUCACAGACGCCAAAUAUUUUUCUUGGUUCCGGGUCACUGAUUCUUGGCGCGCAAAUUAUGCAUAGUACGUUGGGUGGGUGCAAGCAAACAAAUACUUAACUUAACACAUGCAAAUUUUAACUGAAAUGUCUUUAUGUCGACCUUUACCAAGAACUAAUAAUGGAACUUUAUUAUCUUUUUUCUUGUCUCCCGAGUGGUGGCAGUGGAAUAUCUCUAACACUUUGUACACUUGUUUACAGUUGACCACCAACAUAGGGAACAAACUGCGGUACCAGAAUAGGCAGCACACCGGUUCAAGGCCAAUCAAAAAAUGAGAAAAAAACUAAUGAUCAUUUCAAUGGGACUUCACUGCAGUGUUCUUUUAUUUCAUUAGUAUACAGUGAAUAUUGUCACUUGAGUGUAACAAAGUCAAAGGUUUUCUUGUUCCCUUCGGUGAUCAGUUGUUAAAAAGCCUGAAUUUAAUUCACCCUGUGUCCAGCCUUUCUGUAUGUUCCCCUUACUUUCCUAGCCUAGGACAGCGUUUACCCUCAGAAUAUGAAGCGGAAGGUCUUGAUCCUUUUAUGAAUUACAUCUGUUCAUCUUCAUUUUCUUGUAUUUUUAUUUCGUCACCCUUCAUUAAUAAAAUGAAGAGAGUAUUUUUGAACUUUUAGCUAACCUUUGUUAAGACUGUUCCGCAUCGUUCUCUUCUCGCUUAUGGCGCCUCGGAAUGUGUACAUUUCCCCCUUUGGAUAAUAAAGAGGGCUCCAGAGCUCUCCUUCCAGUGAAAUAUUUGCACUUUCAGUAACUUACGCCUUUCCCCAUUGCACCAAAGAAUAAAGGAUUAAUAAGGCAAGAGAAACAGUCAUAUGUUAAAAUAUUCUGAUAUUCUUUUUUAUUAUCAUAACUUAUUAAAUAUAGCUCGAUAAGAGUGGUGUAACGACCCUGACAGAGCAACUUCAGAGCAUCCGGGACCUUCCAGGGAAUUUGUGGUUUCCAGAAAACAGCCGACUUCAAGUUCAGGCUGACGUCAUCGCGAGGGCGACGGGCAAUAAAGAAACUGCAGUGGAUAAAUCAUGCCAGUUUAUAUCAAGCCCUUACCUUAUUAAGUUUACGAACACGGGGAAAUAUUUUAAACCAGGACUUCGUUUUGCAGCGAAGGUAUGAUCGAGCUGCCAAAAUAAACUAGUAACGAAUUUGAAAUUCAAAACAAACCAAAAAAAUGAUAAAGGCAUUUGGCACUGAUUUUAAAGAAAUCUUUUAAGUUCACUGCUAAAACGCUUGAAGUGUUCUAUGCAUAAUUAUAAAAGUGGCAUAGAAAAGGCAGCCUUUGAUCCAGAACAUUUUCCUAGACAAAGGAAUCUAAAGAACUUUGGCCAAAAAGUUGCAUUGCAGUAACUGAACUUUUGACUGAGUAUUUUACUUCUGAAAUCAGCCCCAAGAAGUCUUGGAGAUAUCCAACAGCUAACUUCUGACAAACUCUGUAGGCGUUAGCAGCUAUCGUAAAUGAUCUAAUGGACGCCCAGGGCGUAUUCUAGGGGAACCAAGAAGGGGGCGUUUUAAAGACAGGAGGAUCUUGUUCUAAUAACUGAUAUUAUCGACCAAAAUAUCUUCACAUUUCACAAAUUUCGACUUUCCAGUCCAUCCAUUGAUACGUCUAGGUCGUUUAGAGAUCCACAUCGUGUUUUUGUAAAGCUCAACUCUGAUGUCACAAUCCCUCUUACCUUGAACUUGACUUUGAACAUGAUGCAAUGUGUAGACUCUUGUUAAUCAAACAAGAAACUGAAUAAAUUCCGAUAGGGGCAGAAUAAAAAACAAAUAUUUUAUUUGAAUGAUUAAUUGUUAACAAACCCCAGACCAACCUCCAUUCAGGGGACACCUCUGUUUAGGGGGCACUUUUCUUGGUCCCAAGGGUGUCCCUUGAAGAGAGGUUCCACUGUAGCUUUAAAUAAUUUUUCUUAAGCAGUAAGCAAUUUUGUGACUUUUUUUCAAGGUUGUCGUAACCUACCCUGAUAAACAACCAGCCAAGAAUGUACCUUUAUUGAUAUCGGCUCAUGGAAGGAAAGGAUUUGUUAGGAUACAGCUCAGGAUAAUUAACAGAUACGCAAGAGGGUUUACGGAUGAACAUGGGGAAGUCGAAUUUAUUAUAGAUGCCUGUUCACACUGCGAUUCUAUUUCUAUUCAGGUACAAAAAUACUGUUCAUCGUGAAGCCGGAUUAGGCAGUUGUUGAUAUUGUGUCAUAAUCCUUGUCACCUGGAUAUUUUCGACGUUUAAAAUAUAAUAUUAGUUGCAUUCAACGUUAGGUGAACACAACUCCUUAUCUAGGGCAGUCUGUGGUUUUUUGGGUGUCCCGCGGUGCUAGGUGGUGACCUUUAAUAAGUAGCUAUAAGUGUGCACGUUUUUCGUCCUUCGUCUGCGUUUUCGCUGUCAUCUUGAAUUGCAGCUCAAAAAGCUCACAAACAGCAGCUUAUCUUCUUUUUUUUUUGAAACAGCAUUUUAACCAUUACACCCAAGAUAUCGAUAUUGCACAAGUACAGGUUCUUGACCGAGGGAUAAUCAAACCGGUGUGAGCAACAAAUAAAAACAGAGUUUUGCACCAGUGUUUGUUGACGUUUGACAGCUUUCCGGUAUUCUUGUCGGUGCAAGAACUAUCCGUUAUAGUAUGAACACAGUAUUAUAUUUCUUGUAAUAGUAAUUACGUUUUUCAUAUUAUAUUAUUUAUAGGUGAAAACCGAUAAUGUCAAACUGGGAGUUUCUCAGAACGCGUUCGCCAAUUACCUGGUGAGGCCGUUUGAUGCUGGUGGAAGACCUCUGAUCAUGGUUCGCCAGCUUACACCAGGAAAGGUAUGGUGUACCAUUGUACCAUAAUUUGUCCAAAAUGUAUUGAUUUGUGCAGAGUUUCGUGUUCACUCAAACAUUUUAGUGAAACGCGCAAUACACGCAUAAAACAAACAAGCUACUCAUGAUCAGCUUGUCGCGAUUUAUAAACGAAGAAUUUUUUGCUCAUUUAUAUGUUGAAAAUACAAGGCCCUGACAAUAAUAUUUCAUUUGCUUUCAUUUUCAAUAUGGAGGGUUAAUUAGUAACUUCAAAAGUUUAUACCGUAGAAUUACGUUAAUAAAGGGUGCCCCGAAGAUAACGGCUACCCGAAAGUAACGUUAAUUUUUUACCUUGCUAUUAAACCCCGAAAGUAACGCCCCCCCCCGCCCCCGAUAAUGGCAGCGCCUGAAAAUGACCACUCAAAAAAAUAUAAUUUUUGUACCGUUAAUGUAACAUUUCAAGAGGGUCGGUAUGUGGUUACAAAUACAAGUAGGUAGUGGGUUGAAUAAUAUGUUCCUAUUUAAUUUACAACAAAUGUCACACAAUAUUUUCCUAUUUUAGUGGUGUACCGUAUUUUCAUAAACAUAGAAUACGGGUAACAUAGUAAGUAAAACGCGUAAAAACAGAUUAAAGCUGUAAGUGUCAUCACAGUUGUCAUAUAAUACGAACAAUAUUUUCGACUUAUAGUAUACGAACAUUUGAGCCUUUCUUGUUACAGUUGAUUUUGUUUACAUGGAUAAUGAAUACCGUAACCAGCGUGCAACCUGAAUGACCUUUUUAUGGUUGUUAUGCGUCCUCUUUGUGUAAAACCCCUGCUUAAUUACAAACGUUUUCUAACCAUUCGAAAGUAACGGCUACCCGAAAUUAACGGCCCCCUUGGCCUGCUCAGAAUCCGAAAGUAACGGUGGCCGCUAUUAUCGGAAUCCCACGGUAUUUUAUAUAUUUUAUAACUGUAUUUUUCUGGCUAUAAUAUUACUACUACUAAUCAUAAUAAUAAUCUGAGUAAAAUCAUGUAGAAGACCAUCUUCGUUUUGCUGCCUGUCUUGACAUAAGGUUGUUAGCAGUUCCCUUCAGACAAACCAGCGAGUCCGAUCUAUUGCUACAGUAGUCCUUUGCUCCUGGAUAGUGUUUUACCAUACAGAGUAAGUGUAUCUCCGAUUAAUGUUAGCCAGGAGCUCAAUGAAACUAAUAAAUAAACCAAAAUUAAAUAAAUUAAACCGUAGCUUGAAAACUUUUAAACGUGUGAUUGAUUCACAGGUUGGGCGCAAAGUAUUUUGUGAAAGUUAUAGAAGCGUCAACCGUGGUGGUGGUAAAAUCGGACUCUCUUUUGCGGUAGGAGCAUAAACAAGAGGCUGUGUAGCAGUCUUUUCCUUUUCUUUUUCGCCAAGUGGGAGAAGUGCACGGGACGCGUGAAGAAAUGAGCGAAAACAGAAGUGGGGUGGGGGGGAGGGGAAGGGCACCCCUACCCUUCUCGUAUUUUUUUGUGUUUCUUUUGGCCCAAUGCUCUCACGCGUCGUUCGCGUGCUCCGCUUGGCUUAAAGGAAUUGGAAAUUACUGCUACGUACAAAUAUUAUUGUUAUGUAUCACGAUAAUCAUAUUGUGAUUGCGUUGACUGAAUUGCAGGUGUUCCCUUAAACACAAUGACAUGUUACGAGGGAGCUUUUAGCAACGUCGACAAAAUAAAACUUUGUAUUAAAUACAAACUUUGUCUUGACGAUUUCCCCUUGCUUAGAAUGUCAAAUGUUGGUGAACUUCCUUGGAGAGUAAUUCUUGGGGAUCAAACCCAAGUUUAGAAGGAGAAAGAGAAUUCGUCGUCGUGUGUUGACACGUCGUUCACAAAAGGUUGCAUUAGAGAGCUUCACGCAAAGAAAUGAAUACCAAACGGGCAGUGCUGCACUUACAGAGUUGUUGCUUUGCUAGUUGAACCUAUUGCUUUUUGGAAGAGCUCCUUUAAUAAAUUGUAGGUCACGUGAGCAAACAAUCACCUCAUCAGAGAUAAGAACAGUACCUGCUACGGUCAUCGCUAUUACUCAGAUACUGCUAAGCUAUUUAGAAAAUUGUACCAUCAGAUAUGUACUUAUCAUCAGCUUUUAUUUCAAAAUACUUGGCUGUCUCCUCAUGUAUGGUAAUCCGGAUUCCAGAAUCAGGGAAACUUUUACUUGCUGGCAUCCUGGUUUUUGUAAGCCGGAAUUCAGCUCAGACAUCCGGAAUCCCGCUAAGAAUUGGAAUCUGGAAUCAAAGUUCCACUGACAAGGAAUCCGGAAUCCAUUGAUUGAAGGAGUCCGGAAUCCAUAGUAUGGAAUCCAGAAUCCAAUGUUCUCUUGGAUUGCGUUACAUGGAGCGAUUAUUGACCAAUACGUUUUUAAAUACUUGUGUUUUGUAACAUUUUUGUAACUUACUCUCAGGGAAACCUCUAUAAGGUGGACAGUCCUUCCGCAAACGGACACUUGAUGUUGGUCCGCUGCUUUUCUUCAUGCCUUUACUUGUACGAACCCCUUUUUAAGACAGACACUUAGGGCGCGAUCCAUUCAACCAAAAUUUCCGGAAAUUUCGGUCCAAAACUCAAUGGAUCGGUUCGGUCCAACCGGAAAAGUUUCGAAAAAACGGGUCCACCUUUUGAGGUGGACCAAUUUUCCCGGUCGGACCGGUUGGAAUUUUGGUUCAAUGGAUCGCGCCCGUGAUGCCACUUCUGGAGGUGUCCGUCUUAAGAGAGAGUUGACUAUAAAUCCUAGCCUUUCUCAAGGUCAAAAAGAGACCCUCCCUAUAUUUUCAAUAUCCGUAAUAAUCAUUAUGAUUGGUUAAGUUUUUAUAUUCGUCGUUCCACAAACGUGUGAACAAAUUGGUGUCGUCAUUGUCAAUGAUUCGACUCCUUACCAGUCUUCACCUCAUUCUUCGAAUGUUGUUGUUUCUUUCUUUCCAGGUGGUAUCUCGAGGUAGGAUUCUCUCACACAACACAACUGAUCCAUUUGAUGGGAUGUUAAGAACCUGGUCCUUUCGUGUAACUCCACAAAUGUCUCCAUCAGCGCGUCUGAUUGGUUAUUACAUUGACAACAAGGGAAGAGUCGUAGCUGACAGCAUUUUGCUCGAUAUUGAAGACAGUCUUCCAACUGAGGUUAUAAAAACAUUUGCAUAUGCAAUAGAAACAAAACAUUGGGUACGGCACCACUAA